AUGGCUGCAUCUCAGCGCAUUCUCUUCUUCGGAGGACAAGGAAGUAGAGCCAUUUUCUCUUCCAAGACCUCCGCUGAGUUGAACCAGUCGAUUCAGCAGUCCUCGUCCGUCGAAUCGCUGUUUAAAGCUUGCCAUGCGGCGUUUCUUGGUGAGAUAGAAGCCACAAAGAACCAUAACACUGGGCCUUCGUGGGCCAACUUAGAUGAUUUCCAGUCACCCGAUCUCUUGAUCAGCAUUCCCCAGAAACAUUGGCAUAACCCGAUCGUCCAAGGCGUUGCACUUUGCCUCCAACAGCUGGCCACCUAUCUGCAGCAAAGCCCGAGCCUAGACCACAUCCAGUCUCCUCCCUUGGGGGUGAUCGGCUUUUGCUCUGGGGUAUUGCCUGCGCUGGUUCUAGCCUCCAGUCGAUCAAUCAGUGAAUACAUUGAACACAGCAGACAGGCAAUUCGCCUGGUAUAUUGGAUAGGAUACCGAGCCGGCGAGCUCAGUAGAAGUAUAUCAAACACGGAAGGGGCUUGGGGACUGUCCGUGCUUGGGCUGGAGCAAAGCGAGCUCUCAAGCCUUUUGACUUCAUUCAAUAUCAGCCAGGCAAGUUCAAAGCGAAUGCCAGGAACAGCCACACCCAGCAACGAAAUCCGCCUUUCCAAUCGAUUUGGUAGAUCCGCAAUCACUGUGGUGGGCCCUUGGGGCAUACUAGACCGAUUUCGUGCCCAGUGUCUGACGGGACGUGCCAUCUGCGACCCUAUCCAUGUUCAUGCCCUCUACCAUGGAGGGGAUCUGGGAUAUAUUGCCCGAGACAAGGUUCUGCUUGAUGUCGAACGGCGGGAAAUAUCCUUUCCGUCUGUUGACGAUCUCGCUUUUCCGAUCUGGUCGCCACAGCUGGUCAAAUUUAUCGACUUUGAAACAAGCUUAAAUACAUCCUUACUGCAUAUCACUUUGGACAGCAUCCUCGUUGAAAGAGAUGACUUAUACACGACGUGGAUAAAUCUGUCCCAAUUGAUGACAGACGCUGGCCAUGACCGGGAGAUUAUGACCGUGGGCCCCGGCGCGCAUGGAAUCAUCCACAACCUGUCAAAAGACUUGACACUCCCGAGGACGACUGUUCUAAAUAUGACAGGUUCUGGUUGUAAUAGAAUCCGGACGGAGAAGCAAGACGGGUUUGCUGUGGUUGGUAUGUCUGUUAAUUUCCCCCUCGGUGCAACCAAGGAGGAAUUCUGGAACACGCUCGAAAGCGGCCUGAACUCAGUGGAGGAGUCGUAA